AUGCAACAUUCCGAAACGACCGAGCUGGAGCGGCUAACGGUCACGCUGAUACUCCUUUCCCUACCAAACGAGCUAUUCUUCCAGAUCGCCAAAGCGCUCGAUCCGCUGGACAGCAUCAGCGCCUCGCUGGCGUUCCUCCUCGCGGGCGACUUCCAGCACGCAAGUCCAUUCGUGCAGGCGGUAUGCGGGUCUACGAUCGAGCGUCGACAACAGCAUGCGAGCACGCUGCUCACCGCCGCGAUCCGUCUCGAACUCCCCGUGUCGAUGUUCCGCUGCGUGCUCGACAGCUUUUAUAGCCCCGGCGAUUUGGUACCGCCAUUGCCGCCUACAUCGGUCCACUUUUUGGACACUCAGUUGGUGGGCGUGGAUGACUGGCAGGAGUUCCCGCUAUUGCCCCCGGGAAGCCUCCAGACCGUCACGGACAAGCGCAACAACAGUAUCGUGUGGGGCUCCGGCGUGAAACCGUUUGAGAGCGGUGGUGAGGCCGACACGGAUCUGGACGAUUUCAUCGAACUGGACAUGAUCAACGGCACGGAGAUGGGGCCGUUGAAUUUCGCUGCUGCUCGGGGGGACGCUUCCUACGUAAAGGCCAUGCUGGAGUUCAUGGGAGAGUUGCCGGCGGCUUGGUGGCUCGAGACGCGGCCCAGCCCACUUCACUGGGCGUCGUUCCACUUCCACCGCGACGUGAUAGGGGUAGUUACGGAUUGGAUGUGGCGGGUGCACCGGCUGCGGGGACCAUCUCCGAGCGGCGAGUGGUUCUCACCGAGCCGGCAGGCAGAACACAAAUGGCAUCUGCGGCCGGUGCACCAGCUGCUCGUCAAGGACGAGCCGGAAGGAGAGUGCUUCGUGUGGCGAUCAUGCUUCCCGAGGCGCUCCAGCCACCGCAUCGCCUUCGUCUCCCCGCUGCAAACAGUAGUAUCCAUGCUGCACCGCGCGGACCGCCGGAAGCCGACCACACUCGACGAUCUGCGCCGGGUGACGCGCAUCCUCCUCGACCUGCGAAAGACUGUGCGGCUCCUGAUCUCCCUACGGCAGAUCAUCGGGCGUCUCAUCGGCCUUCGGAACUCGGGCGCAUUCGACAGCCUUCUGCCGCCGACGCGGCGGACGGCGACGGCGGUGCGCCUCCUGGACCCGAGGACACUGUUCAUGGCGUCGCGGUGGGAAGAGGUGGCGCACCACAUCCGCAAGCGCAUUGCUGGCGACCUCCUGGUGUUCCCGCACCGCGGGCCCGUCAGUGUUGUGGCGUGGCAUAGCCACUAUGAGGACUAUAAUACCCUGCUCAACCUCGCUAUCGAUGCGGUUCAGCCGUGGGAUGUUGUCAAGCUCUUGCUUGAGACACAUUCCGAGGUGCAGAUGCCCGGAGAUGGAUUGGUCGAUCUUAGAUUGCUCCUGGCAGAGGCGAAUAGUAGAUGCCCCACCCGUGAGGUGAGACGCACGCCGCAGGAGGCGCAUCGGGCUGCGGAAAUUAUCCUUAACCUGGCCGACGGCGCGAUGGGGGCGGAGUGA